AUGCGACCAACGACAGCGUGUCUUGCGCCAGGCUUCAUGAAGCGGAGCCUGGACGAGUUCAAGCGCCUCUCCAACUUUGCGCUCAAGCUCGAGGGCCUGACGUCGCCCACGAAGCCCUUUCCUCUUAUCCACUUCGAGCAACCCGAAGAUAUCGCGAGGUGCAAGCGCAUGAGCGACAAGGACAUUGGCGGCUUCUCCACGGCAAACCUGGACUACCACCCCGUCACGCAGACGGAGCCCGCACACGCCCGCUUCCACGGCAAGAUUUCGACCCAGCUACCGCAGAACCAGCCGCACAUCCAGAGAACAGGUUAUGCGGGAUGGAGGACGCUUGACCGGGGCGCAACCAUCUUCGGCAAGUCGCUGUGGGAUGUAGAGAGGUACAACUUCAUUGCCAUCCAGUUCAAGUCAGAUGGCCGCAAGUACUUUGUCAACGUGCAAACCGAGUCCAUUGUGCCUACCGAUAUCCACCAGCACUUGCUGUAUUCGAAGACGCCGGGAGAGUGGGAGCUGAUCCUCAUUCGCUGGGCUGAGUUUGUGCGGACAAACCAUGGGCAAGUCGUCGAGCCACAGCGCGAAAUGUUGACACAAAAGGUGCGGACUGUGGGCAUGAGCCUGAUUGACCGGAUUCCAGGUCCGUUCGAUCUGAGCAUCAGCAAGAUAUGGGCAACAAACUGCCACCCGGAUGAUCAUAUUUUAGAGAACUUUGGGGGCGCAAUCAGCGGUCUGCCGAAUUGGCAUAGCAAGCAUGGAGACUAUUCAAAAAGUGUCCGGAGAGUGGAUUCUGGCACUGGAGAGGCGCCGAAGAAGAUUAUCAGUUAAAUGUACGAAGCCUACUCGGCUGCAUUCGCACUCAA